CGGCUCUCCCACUGGCUCCGGGCUCAGCCACAAAUCCGUUUUCAAAUACAACAAUCUAGGACUCGAGCCUAAAUAAACAGUCGCCGCGCACGCAGGCUUUCGUACGCGACCGCCAGUCGAUAAGACAUAUCACACGAAGUUACACCUGAAUUGUUUAUCAUGAAAAUGUGAGUGUGCACGCACUAUGGCCAAGACACAGGACGAUUCGAAGAAGAGCGACGACGACCAGACCAUGGAGGGAGACAGCGACGAGGAGCUGGGCUGGGUCGCCCGCCUGAUGGUCAGGAUGCGGAUCAACCCGAACCUCAUCAUGCUGAAAGUGACACUCUUUGUGAUGUAUGGAGCAACUGCUUCUUUGCUACCGUACUUGACGAUCCAUAUGCAAAGUAUUGGACUAACCGUGCCGGAGAUUUCUUUUGUUUAUUUAGCAUUGCCGUUCACAACUUUUUUGAGUCCUCCCGUUACUGGGUUCCUAGUUGAUCGCUUUGGAGAAUACAAACCGGUGGUGAUCACUGCUCUCAUUUUGAAUGCCGGUUUUCACCACUCGCUGCUGCUGAUUCCGCACCAGGAGACGCCAGGGGUGAUGCCAUCGGCGUACGUCAUGCGGCAUCCGAUCACGAACAGCGUCGAGAUAUGGUGGAGUCCAUGUCCUAGCAGAGAGUGUCCUGAUGAAGACGAGACGGUGGAUUUCGUUUUGGACCGCUGCGUAGACCAUUGCAAGUUAACCAGGCCUACCGAUCCUCCAGCUACGGAGCCAGCUGAAGAUGAUGACAAAGACGACCUGGAUUUUCACAUCAGCCAUAAGAUAGCACUUAAUUUUCUCAAUAUGACAGAAGAUGAAGAAGAUGAUUUCAAUGAUGCAGCGUUUUUCCUCAUAGAAGUUCACGAUGAUCUAGGGGAGCCGAAAGAGCAACUUGGCAUUGAAAUGGAACGUGACGAAGAUGAUCCAGUAACGGACUUUAGAUCUAGAUUUGGCGAGAAACUUUUGAUAGCUCAAGGCGUAAACAUAACAGCGUUAGACAAAGAAGAUCUAAGGUGUGGAGGUCUUGUGAUGUUGCAUAAUAUGACUAAACUGUCUCAACAACGUCUUGAAAUACUCUCAGCCGACUGCAUGGUCCAAAAGUGUGAUUUUAGGAGAGGCGGGCCCGAGAUAUGUCCACCGGAUUAUAAGGAAAGCGAUGAUAAGACGUUCUACAUUUACUUUUUCCUGAGAUUCAUGGGCACUAUAAUGUUGUCUGCUGGUGUGACCAUCAUGGAUCCGAUAGCGCUGACAAUGAUACAGAAAUACGGCGGUGAUUUUGGGAGGGAGAGAUUGUUUUCUAGUAUUGGUAUGGCCAUAUUCUCGCCCAUCACAGGCAUGCUUAUAGAUAUGAGGAGUAAACAAGUCGGAUACACUGACUAUUCAGCUGCAUUCUACACGUAUGAUGCUUUACUUUUGAUAUCAGCAUUAACAGUUGCCGUGAUGCCACUUGGAGCGAAGUUGCCAGCUGAUAACUUGAUGAGAGAUUUGAUUAACAUUAUCAAGAUGCCCCAUAUUAUAAUUUUCAUUUUCUUCCUUUUUGCUUUGGGCAACUUUUGGGGAUUCAUCGAGUCUUACCUCUUCAUUUAUUUGAAAGAAUUGGGCGCACCAAAUUUCUUAUUAGGAAUAACCGUGACCGUGGGCACUCUGAGCAGCAUCCCGUUCCUUUAUGGAGCGGACGCCAUCACGGCGAGGAUCGGCCACGUCAACGUCAUCAUUGUAGCCUUCUUCUCGCAUGCGGCCAGGCUCGUCGGAUAUUCUUUCAUUGAGAACUCCUGGUGGUGUUUCCCCUUUGAAGCUAUGGAGUCAUUGUCAGUGCAUUUGAUGUGGGUGGCGGCGGCGACGUACUGCGCCAUGCUUGCUCCGAAGAGUCUGCUGGCGACACUGAUCGGAGUUCUAGGGAUGGCGCAUUUCAGUCUUGGAAGAGGCAGUGGCAGUUUUGGAGGUGGUCUCCUCAUUGCAACCCUUGGAACAAGAGAAGCGUUCCGCUACAUGGGCUUAAUAGCAUUCCUUGGGGGUGUGCUUUAUGGCCUCUUGCAUUACUUCUGGCUGAGGCACAUCAACAUGACAGGGAUGGAAGAUGCGUGCGACCAGGACACAGAAAGUGGAGAAGGUGACAAGCUGAAUGGAGAACCGCUGCGGAAAGAUGCUGAAACCAUGAUAUCCCUUGAAAGACUGCACAUGAUCACACGCUUCAAUCCUUUGGGUUCUCUACACUCUCUGCCAAGAGGCUCUCGUUCUAGGUUCUCCCAGGGUGACAUAAAUGAGCCGUGCCGAAGUCGGAGUGGCAGCAACGCACAGCGGCGCGGGAGCAACUACGAAGGCUCCGCCUCUAAGGUCGACCUACUCAGAUCAGCUCUGGAGAUCAACCACCAGAACACCAAGAGCCACAUAUCCAACCCCGUUCUGUCUUUCUCUAACAGACACCAGUAUCAUUAUAAGCAAGCUCACAGCGCCCCCAAACUGGCGUUGGUGGGACUAACUCAACGCAACAACAUUUCUCAGCCUGUGCUCUCAGAGUUUGACCCAAGAAGGAGGGACUCUAUUCCCGAGGAACCUGAAGAAGACCGUCUAGCUGUCCCUGCAAAGCCUUCCAAGACUAAAAGUGACAAUCUACCACCACCUCCCACUUAUGCUGAAGCCAUAAACGAGCAUAGGAAGAGCUGGCAUUCAGAUGAUAGCACGCCAACCUAGAACUCACCAACCUUCAGUCCCGAAGAAGUAACUUGAAUCAUUUUGGGAUCUGUUUCACCAAUAAGUAGCCAGAUCGUUUCGUAAAAAAUAUCUGAACUUCAAAUGGGAAUCAGGCGCAUAAUGCAGUUUGGAAUUGAUUAAAUUAGGCUGCUUUAUACAUUUAGAGCUUAUUUUGGUCCUGCAAACGGUUUAGAGUUCUAAAUUAUUAUAUUUUAACGCUUUCACAGAUACAGUAAAACAUAAAAACGAAGAUAAAGUUAAAAUUUUGUAAAAUAUGAGACAUAGGUUUUAAUUUCUACGCAUUAUUAACUUUUGUAUUAUGAAAAUAGCAUACUUCAAAAGGCUUUAAUUUAUUUAAGUUGUAGAUAGUUAUGCUGUAUGUACCUAUUGUUGUGAACAUUUUCUAUCCAUCCUUUCUUACACAACGUUAAAUAAAUAAGUUUUGUUAU